UCAGGUUUCGGAUUCGAAUCCCGUCAGCGCACUUUUUCUUUGUUAUUUGUUUUGUUUUGCCUUCUUCAACGCCAUGAAUCAAGAUCCAGACAAGCCCUCACCUACACCUAGAAAGGUUAAGUACGCUCCCAAAGCUCCUCCCACACCUUCCCGAAGCCGACAGCCCAAACGCCCCGCUCCCGAGACUGAAUUAAAAAAUGAAGACGGUGAAGAGCAGGCCCGGCAACUCAUGCGCCAAUUCACCGAAGCAAAUGCAAGGCAAGUGCCCAAAGUCGAAAAGAAAGUGCAAAUUGCAUUUGAUGCUGGGGCCACAUCAUCAACUUCCAUCAGGACAUAUGGUAAUCCAAAGGAUGGUAAUAGUGCAAAAGCUACUGACUCAAUGUCAAAAGAUUCUGCUUCUGAUGAUAUGCAAAUUGUCGGUUUCUUGCCAUCAACUGCCAGAGAGAAUGAAACUGUUCCCUAUUCUUCAUUUGCAUCAACUCAAAAGAUCGAGAAAGACUACACAGAACCUUGGGAUUAUGAAAAUACUUACUAUCCAACUACACUUCCUUGGCGGAAGCCUCCCCCUGGUAACCCAGAACUUCGUGAUGAGGAAGAAUUUGGGGAGGCUGCAAGAAACGUUGAGUAUGAUGAGAGUACUAUUAAUUCUGCUUCUGAUCUUCAGUUGCUGGAGGAAUCCCAAAGAGAAAGAAUGAUGUUCUUUCAACUUCCCACUACUCUGCCCCUAGUCAAACGAUCAGCCAGUGUGAAGGGAAAAGAGAGAGCUGAAAGCUCAAAAGCAUGGGGAAGAGUCAAUGCUCCAGAAAGAGGCUGCGGUUUGGAAGACUUGCCAGGGGGAUAUAUGGGCAAAAUGCUGGUUUACAGGAGUGGAGCAGUCAAGUUGAAGCUAGGGGAAACCCUGUACGAUGUUUCACCUGGAUCAGAUUGCUCAUCUGUUCAGAAUGUUGUGGCAAUCAACCCAAACGAUCAAAACUUUUGCGUUCUAGGAGAACUUGAUAAAAGAGCUGUUGUAACUCCAGACAUUGGUUCCAUCUUCAAUAAUGUGGUUAACUUGGGAUAAUGUGAGAUUGUUGCGGGAACUCUCAGCAUGAUGGACGUGGAUGAAGAAGACAUGUGGGAAAUAUGCUCAGACUUGUAUGUAAAGUCAUUUGUAACCAGAAGUACAGUGAUGGUAACUGAAUAGCCUGUGAAGCUGCUAUAGAGAUUCAUAGGAUGUCAUUCUUCUUGACCCAUAUUUUGUGGCAGACCAAAAUUUCAAAUUGAAGAGAACAAACUUCCUUCUAAUGGAAAUUCAUAUGCUUUUCAAACAAAAUUGUAAAAAUCAGCAAAGACAAAGAGAGUAACAUUAU